AUUUUAGCAAAGAUAAAUUACCCAGUUCAUUUUCUCUGUUCUUCACUGAUCGAGAGCUCAUCGUCCUCCAAAUUCAGGAGUUCAUUGGCUUGGCUUAACUAGCGCUGUGGUUCGUGUUUUCUUAAUCAUGUCACUGCCAAAAGUGGAUGAUAUUCAUACUAAUUCUGAGCUGAUAUCAGAAGUUUUCAACCAACUUCUCGAUUCUAUCAUAGUAGAUGUUGCAUCGGAGUGUCACCGAAUUACAAAGCUUGGACUAGAUCGUAAUUUAGACGAAGAGGAAGAGGAAUUAAGGUUGUUUGCCGAAGCAAGAGCAAGGUCGUCCGAUCCAAGCCACAGUGGCGAAUCCAACAGCAAAUAUGUAGUCGAUAUGUUCGGACAAACUCACCCUCCAAUUGCUAGCGAAAUAUUCAACUGCAUGAACUGUGGUAGAUCUAUUAUGGCUGGAAGAUUCGCGCCUCACUUGGAGAAGUGCAUGGGCAAGGGUAGAAAGGCUCGACAGAAGUCAACGAGAGCUGCACAGAACCAGAACUCGAAAGGGAGCACCGUUUCAAACCGUUUAUCGAAUGGAGGUUCUGCAAAUGCAGGUCAUGAAUAUUCUAAUGGCACUUACGAAGAGGCUUGACUAUGUUCGAUUUUUUUGCAGGAUCUUUUUUUCUCGCUGUAAUAUUUUAGAAACAAGAAUCUGGUUUUCUUGGCUCAUAUCUGCAGAUGUUUCAUUUGGACAGCCCUUUGUAAUUACAAUUGAGUUUAGGGAACUUUUGUUGUUAUAUAAUGGAUGAAUUACAGAACUUAUUAUUGA